GCCUGUGGUGGCAGCGGCCGUGCUGACAGGACAAAGCCGCGGUGAAGCUCGUUAGCAGCGGGAUGGCGAGAGUGGUGCUGGUGACCGGGGCGAACAGUGGCAUCGGUCUUGCCCUCUGUGAGCGCCUCCUGAGCCACGAUGCUCAGGUGCAGCUGUGUCUGGCCUGCAGGAAUGGACAGAGGGCCGAAGCUGCCCGCCAGGCUCUGCUGGUCUCUCACCCUCAGGCCCACAUAUCCUUGGUCCAGCUAGAUGUCGGAAGCAUGCACUCUGUCUUCAAAGCUGCCCAGGAGGUCAGACAGAGGUAUAACAGGCUGGACUACCUUUACCUCAAUGCUGGAAUCAUGCCUAAUCCACAGGUGGAUCACAAAGCAUUCUACAAAGGCUUGUUUUCAGGCAAGGCAGUCCACAUGUUUUCUACGGGAGAGGGUCUCUUGACUCAGAAAGACGAGGUCACCUCUGAUGGUCUGCAACAAGUGUUUGCUACUAAUCUCUUCGGCCAUUUCAUAUUGGUACGAGAGCUGGAGCCCUUGUUGUGCCGACCAGGCAACAGCUCUCUGAUCAUCUGGACGUCGUCCAGUAAUGCACGCCGGUCAGCAUUCAGUCUGGAUGACCUGCAGCACAAGCAAGGCAACGAGUCCUACAGCUCCUCCAAAUACGCCUCAGACCUGCUAAGCCUGGCCUUCAAUCGCCACUACAACAGCAAGGGUCUGUAUUCAUCAGUAAUCUGUCCUGGACUGGUGAUGACUAACCUCACAUAUGGCAUCCUACCGUCCUUCUUCUGGACUCUUAUUAUGCCCAUAAUGUGGUUGAUCAGAAUCUUCACCAACACUUUCACCCUCACACCUUAUAAUGGAGCUGAGGCUUUGUUUUGGCUGUUCAAGCAGAAACCUGAGGCACUGGAUCCGAUGGCGAAAUACCACAGUUUAACCUCCGGUCUGGGAAACAACUACACCCAGCCUUGCAAGAUGGAUAUUGAUGACAUCAUGGCAGAGACACUCUAUGAGAAAUUACUAGACCUUGAAGAUGCCAUUCGGAAGAAACUGUAAACCGAGGAUAUUGGACGCACAGCAUAAAUCACCAUAAUUUAGGAUGUGGAGGAGAUUAUAACAUUCAUGCCCACUUUAUACUAUGCACACUUUACAAGUCACCAGUGUUAAAUUACUUUCUUCUAAAUUUAGCCUUCGUAGUGGUUAUACCUCAAUGUGAACUCCACAGGAACGAACACUGGUGAUGCUUGUUUUAAAUGAGAUGUACCGAAUACCUUAUUUGGACUUUGAGGUGUUUUAGACAUUUAUUGAAAAGCGUUUUUAGCAAGGAUGUAAUGACAUCAGAAUAUCAAAAAAAUAUAUAUAAAGGUUCAAAACAAUGUCAGUUUAAAAUACGAUCCACUCCUCAGCCUCUUACUAAGGACCUUUAUGUAAUUGAAUGUUUUCAUUGUUUAAAACAGCACUUGUAGUGUUAGACAUUCUGUUGCAGAUGUGCCUUUGUAUCCCUUGUAUUUACUUGCUAAUUCCAUCCUAACUACUAUCUGAGGACCAUAUAGAGUUUCUGUAAACUGGUUAUUACAGUGUUCAAUACAAGAGUUAAAUGUUUAUUUGAGCAUACUGAUGAAUCAAGAUUCAGAAAUAAGUGGUGCCUUGAUGGUUUAAACUUGAACAGACGCUGAACAUUCCAAGUAAAAUAAUCAUUUUUGGACAGA